CUCGCACUCUGCAUUUGUUGACAUAACACAUCGAUAACCCAAGAUAUAUCAGCUCGUUUUGGUGAUUUUUGUGAAACCCCCCCAAAAAUGUCUUUAUGUAUAAAAGAACCGCCGUUUUAAGAUUUACCAAAUUAACUCGUUAAAGUUUUCAAAGAAAUCUUAUUGAAAAGAAAACUUUUUUUAUUAAAAACUUUUUACAAAUUCACUUUUUUUUUGUUUUUCUUAGUUUAAAUUUCGUUUAAACUUAAUCAAAAGUGGCUCAAAAUGGUGCGAAAACUUUUUGAAUCAACACCGAUAAGAAGUUUAAUAAGAUAUUGGAAUUUAAUAACGAAAAUUGAGAAAAACUCGGUUUUCUAACAUUGGAUUAAGGACGAUUUCGUCCAUAGAUUAUCAAGAACAAAUUUUCCGUCCUUAUUAUUAAGAUAUUAAAAAAAAAUGGAAUCAAAGAAGUUAAAUUAUGGAACGAUGCAAAUUGGAAAUCAACAAACAAAGAAGAAAAAAGCAGUUUUUAUCGACAACAAUAACGUUUAUAUUCGUGUUGAUGCGAAAGGUUUGAUCGUUCAAGAAAAACCGAUCGGUUUCGAUCAAAGAAAAUCGGGUUUUUUCGGUGUGCACGUUUUAUUUGCGUUGUUUGUGGUGUUUUAUGUACUCUACUUAACUUCCGGUAGCAUGGUGUUUAGUUUUUUGGAAAGCCCAGCUGAAGCUGCUGUUAAAAUCGACGUUUUAAAAGCAAAAAGGAACUUUUACAAUCGAUAUCCUAACGUUUUAGAUGAGGAUUUAGAAAAUUUAAUCGUAGAAAUUGUACGUGCUAGUAACAAAGGAGUUUUGCCGACGAGAAAUUGUACAAAUCAACCAAACUGGAGUUUCGCUCAAUCGUUAUUUUUCUCAACAACGGUCGUUACUACAAUUGGAUAUGGACAUGUAACUCCGUUAAGUAGAAGUGGAAAAAUUUUCUGCAUAGCUUACGCAACGUGUGGUAUUCCUCUAACGUUGGUUUUGAUGUCAGCUUUAGUUGAAAGACUUCUAAAACCAUCAUUAUGGCUUCUACAACUUUUAAAUUCCAAGUUAUCACAUCGAUAUCAACCGUUUAAUAUUCGAGUUUUACAUUUAUUUUUUAUUG